AAGCGGCGUCCUCAGGAGCUUCCGGCCGGGCACCGCAGCGCCUGGCUGGAGUGCAGGAGGCCGGGCUUGGCUGCACGCGGGUCGUUAUGUGGCGCUGGCUGGCUCGCGCCAGUGCGCCGCUCCUGCGGGUGCCUUGGUCAGAUUCUUGGACAGCCGCUCCCGCCAGUGCGGGCCUCAAGACGCUGCUUCCGGUGCCAUCUUUUGAAGAUGUUUCUAUUCCCGAAAAACCCAAGCUUAAAUUUGUUGAAAGGGCACCACUUGUUCCAAAAGUAAGAAGAGAACCUAGAAACUUGAAAGACAUUCGGGGACCUUCCACUGAGGCUACUGAAUUCACAGAAGGCAAUUUUGCGAUUUUGGCACUGGGAGGUGGUUACCUCCGUUGGGGCCAUUUUGAAAUGAUGCGCCUCACCAUCAACCGCUCUUUGGACCCAAAGAACAUGUUUGCUAUCUGGCGAGUCCCAGCCCCGUUCAAGCCCAUCACCCGCAAAAGUGUCGGGCAGCGCAUGGGGGGAGGCAAAGGCGCCAUUGAUCACUACGUGACCCCCGUGAAGACUGGCCGCCUCAUAGUAGAGAUGGGGGGGCGCUGUGAAUUUGAAGAGGUGGAAGGUUUCCUGAACCAGGUUGCCCACAAGUUGCCCUUCCCAGCGAAGGCCGUGAGCCGCCAGACUCUGGAGAGGAUGCGGGAACUUCAAAAGGAAAAAGAACAAAACAACCAAAACCCCUGGACCUUUGAGCGCAUCGUCACCGCCAACAUGAUGGGCAUCCGGAAAGUGUUAAGCCCAUAUGACCUAACCCAGAAGGGGCGUUACUGGGGCAAGUUCUACCUGCCCAAACGCAUUUAGCAAGAGCACCACAAUGCCAGAGAAGGAGUCUGCGUUCCUACUCUCAGCCUGCCUUUAUCAUCUUGGGGUGCCACAAAUGUGGUUUUCUUUUGGGGAAGGUACUAGGGCUUUGAACUCAGAGCCCACCAAGCCUCCUACAUUUUUUAUUAAAAUUUGAAUACUGCCUCAGGGUCUAACCACUCACUAUUUGCUUACCCUUCAGAAAUGGAGAAUGAUUGGUGAGAGCUCUUGGUUCUUCUGGGUUAUAAAAUAAAUGUCUUGGGGCUGAGGAUAUGGCCUAGUGGCAAGAGUGCUUGCCUCGUAUACA